AUGGCUAAGAAACAAGUACAGAUUCAACCAAAACAUGAACCAGGUUCAAAUUCAUUUCGUAUAACAAAACCAAAUCAUCAUAAUAUUUCAUCAUCAAUAUCACCUUCAUCAUCAACUGGAUCUUCACCUCUUUUGGAUCAAACUACAUUAUUAGCUGAUACUUUCAAUAAUAUAUCCACUACAGAUGUUUUCAUGCCAAUGGCUUCUGAUUCUUCAUUACCAAAACCAAAAAUAUUAAAAUCUUGUAUUAGAUGCAGAAAACAUAAGACAAAAUGUAAUGCAAGUGAAUUAGCUCCAAAUCCUUGUUCAUCAUGUGCUAAAAAGGGUAUUCAAUGUAAAAUUGAUUAUGUUUUACCACCUCAAAGAUCAGAUAAUUUGAAAAACCUCGUUGGACAAGUUGAUAAUAUUAAAAAAAAUUAUCAAGCUUUAGAAGAUUAUUAUACCAAGAUUUCAAAUAAAUUAGAUAUUAAAAUUGAAAGUUUUGAAGAUUGGAAGGCAUCAAAGCAAGCUAAUAUGUCAACAACUACAUCAUCAAAUGACCAAACAUCAUCAUGCGAAGAUCAUCACGAUUCAAAUGAAACUAGUCAUGAAUCAUACAAUUUAAUUAAAUUAUCAGAUGGGUCAUUUAUUUCAAUAAAUUUAUUAGAUGCAAAACACCUUUGUGUUAAUAACAAAAUCAUUUCAAUUGAUGAAUUUCAAAAAAAAUUGAAUAAAUUAUGUUCAAGAUUAAAUUUUUUGUAUCAAACAGCAAACUUGAAUGAUCAUUACUCAACACCAAGAUCAUCAUCACGCCAAAAUUCUAAUUUAACAAAUGAUUUAGAUUCUUCAACAGAUGAUAACUCAUCAAUUGCAUCUCCUGUAUCGGUUUUAAACAACAAUACUAGCUCUUAUCAACAAGUUGAUGAUGCAUCAUCAGAAUUUGGUCAUGAAUUUUUUGAACAAGUCUGUCAAAUUGGGUCGGGAAUUCUUACUUUAAAUGAUCAAAAUGAAUUUUCAACAACUGAUAAAGCCAUUCAAUCGAAUAUGCAUGAUGUCGAUUUUAAAUUGACACCUGAAAAUUUAAAUCAAUAUAAUUCGGAUUUUAAACCAACAUCAUCAACAUCAUGGUUUGAUUUGAAUUUUAAUGUUGAAGAAAUAUACAAGAAUAAUAAAUUUUUAUUAAUUCAAUUGAUUGGAUUUUUUUAUCCAAAUGAUCAAUAUAUAAAUCCAACAAGUCAAUUAAAUUAUGAAUUGUUUUUACAGGAUUAUUUAAAUUCAUAUUAUCAAAUUAUUGAAAAUCAAAAUAAAGCAUCAAAUUCAUCAACUUAUUCAAGUUUUUUAAUAAAUUCAAUACCUGGUUAUCAUUUAAUUUUUAAUAAAGAUCAAUUGAAAAAUUUAAUAAAUUGUGAAAUAUUUAAUAGUGAAAUUUUCCUGAAGAAAUUAAUUCAAUUAUUAUUCUUGAAUACCUUGUUAUAUGGUAUUGAUGAAAAUUUUACACAUUUAACAAAAUUUAUAUCAUUUAUUGAAAAAAAUAUAAAUUCAAAUAGGAAAAAAAUUUCAUUUGAUAAAGAUUCAAAUUUAAGAUUUAUUGAUCAAUAUAUUAAAUUAUUUAAAUCAUUGGAAAAUCAUGAACAUGAUGAUUUAAUUCCAAUAAAUUUAUCUAAUAUGAUUGAGAAUUAUUAUAAUUUAUUACAAACAAAUUUAAAAUUUAUUGAAAUACAAGAUGAUUCAUCAAAUACAUCAUUAUUUCAAUCAAGAAAUAAUAAUUCAAUUCAAUUAAAUAAAAUGAAGGAAUUGUUUUCAAGAUUUAUUUUACAAUGGUCAAAUUAUUUUCAAUUUUAUAUUAAUGAUGAUUCAGAUAAUUUAAAUUUAUUUAUUGAUAAUUUUUUAAUCGAAACAUUUAUUAUUAAUUGUUUGAUUUUCAUAAAUGAAGGUUUUGAAGAAUUUAAUUCCAUAUUAAUUGAAUUUUUAACAACUUUCAAUUUACAAAAUGAAGAAUUAUUAAAAUUAAUUGAACUUUUCAAAAAAAAUGAUGGCCCAACUAAUAUUGAUCUCAAUAAUAAAUUUUCAUGUUUACAAUUCUCAUCAAUAAUUUCAAAAUUAAUAUUAAACAAAAAACAUAAUAUAAAUUUACAAAUUAAUGAUAUUCAAAUAAUUUUAGAAAAUGUUGAUUGGAAAAAGGAAAGUACAGAUGAUGUUUUGAAAAAAAUUGGAGUUAUAUAG